AGACAAGAGUUUCAUGGACUUUCCUGCCUAGGCUGGCAGGAUCCUCAGAUCUCAGCUUCCUGAGUAGCAAGGAUUACGGGUGUGAGCCACUGGUGCCUGGCUAUCUUCACCAUUUUUAAGGAACUUAUGAGUGUGCCAAACACUGUGCUAAAAGAUGGUUGAGAAAUGACCCACAGUCCAGUGUGGACUCAAGACCAGAGAAGACUGGACAUGUGAUGGACUGAUGGACUCACUGCCUGGCACUUGCUGAAGGGUGUUUCCAGUGAGUACCAUUGUGUUGGAGUUCUGGGAGGAUUCUUGUGACUAUGGAGGAGGUAGAGGGACAGGAGAUGGAGCUCGCCCACCUGCCACCAUCUGCUGUCUCUUGAACAAGCCUCACUCCCACCAUCACCAUCUCUUGUUUUUGCUUUUGCCUUGCUUUCCACACUGCCCCUGGCAGUAUCCUCUGAUUGCUCUUCCAGUGUUGUGAUUUCCUUAGGUUUUGUAGUCCACUUCUGCUAAUACCAACACAUUUGCUGCAUUGUCACAUUCAUACUUGUGGCUUUAACUGUUGGUCUAUGAUUCAUAGGUGGGUUUCUGAUUUUCCUUGUGUUCCCUGAGAUUUUAUACCUGGCUGGAGGUGGCUUUCCUAGAAUCAGUCCUUAGCUUAUUUUUGGUGGGGUGUGGUGUUUGAGGAAGACAAAUCCUCCUACCUCAUUCUGAGUGCUGAGAUUGAGCCCUAUACUGUUAGCACUCCUGGUUCCUCAGAUCCAAAGGUGCUAUUGCCAUGCAUUUAAAUUUCCAACUAUGAACUAGGUACAAUUCCUUAAGUUUCUUUAAAAAACCUGAGUCUUCUCUGCAUAAUGUAUACAUUUUUGGAUUAUAAUAGCAGGUACUUUAAAUAACAAAAAGUAUAAAACAGAAUAAAUUAUAAUCCAGGUUCCUAUAGAUUACCACUCUUUAAAGCACUGGUGUCAGUAAUCCCCUACUUUCAGAGAUUUGUUCCCAGCAAAUAUAUGAAAUUGUGGCUAAUAUGAAAUGUGUGUGUGUGUGUGUGUGUGUGUGUGUAUGUGUGUACUUGUACACAUACUGAGGCUUGACUCAGGAUCUGGGAACUGUCUUUGAGCUUUUUUGCUUAAGGGUGUCACUCUACCGCUUGAACCAGUUCUGCUUUUUGGUGGUUAGAGAUAAGAAUCUCAUGGACUUUCCUUCCCCAGGCUGGCUUUGAACUUCAGUCUUCAGAUCUCAGUCUCCUGAGUAGCUAGGAUUACAGGAUAGAAGUGGAAUUACUGGUCAAAGGACACUCAGAUUUGGGAGAAGUGACCUCAGAAAUAAAAGCGUCAGAGAGACAAACCACUGUGGCAAUUGCAGAUUUGGAAUGGAGAGAAAUGGAAGGAGAUGACUGCGGGUUUCAUUAUGGAGAUGGUACAAAUGAGGCUCAGGAUAAUGAUUUCCCAACAGUGGAGAGAAGCAGGCUUCAGGAAAUGCUGUCCCUGUUGGGACUGGAGACAUACCAGGAGCAGAAGCUCAGUCUUCAGGACUCACUGAAGAUCAGUUUUGACAGCAUGAAGAACUGGGCCCCUCAGGUUCCCAAGGACCUUCCUUGGCAUUUCCUCAGAAAGCUACAGGCCCUAAAUCCUGAAGCCAGAAAUACCACCAUGGUACUGGAUACGCCUCUGGAUGCACGGCCCGCAGAGAAAGAGAGCCAGAUGGGGGAAGAGAUGAUCUACUGGGACCCAGCUGAGGACAUCACUGCUGAUGACAUCUAUUCCUUCUCUGAGCUCCCAACGCCUGACACGCCUGUGAACCCCCUGGACCUCCUCUGUGCCCUCCUGCUGUCCUCAGACAGCUUUCUGCAGCAAGAGGUCAUGUUGAAGAUGUCCCUCUGCCAGUUUGCACUCCCGCUUGUGUUACCUGACUCAGAAAACCACUACCACACCUUUCUGCUAUGGGCCCUGCGGGGUGUUGUACGGACCUGGUGGUUCCAGCCCCCACGAGGACUGGGCAGCUUCCGGGAGGACAGUGUGGUCCUAUCCAGGGUGCCCACCUUUGCUUUUGUACGCAUGGAUGUCAGCAGCAACUCCAAGUCCCAACUGCUCAACGCCAUCCUUAGCCCAGGUCGCCGGCUGUGGGACUGCUUCUGGCAUCGGGACCUCAACUUGGGUACAAAUCCCCGGGAGAUUGCAGAUGGGUUAGUAGAAAUUUCCUGGUUCUUUCCCAGUGGCAGGGAGGACCUGGAUGUUUUCCCAGAGCCCAUGGCUUUUCUGAACUUGAGAGGCGACAUUGGGUCUCACUGGCUGCAGUUUAAGUUCCUGAGCGAAGUCUCCUCAGCUGUGUUUAUUCUGACUGACAACAUCAGUAGGAAGGAAUACAAAUUGCUAUACUCCAUGAAGGAGUCAAGCACAAAGUACUAUUUUAUCCUGAGUCCAUACCGAGGGAAGCGGAACACAAACCUGCGGUUCCUGAACAAGUUGAUCCCAGUGCUGAAGAUAGACCACUCGCAUGUUCUGGUGAAGGUCAGCAGCACGGACAGCGAGAGCUUCAUGAGGAGGAUCCGAGCGAUCAUGAGCAGUAUAGCACGGUCACCCUGCAGAAGGCUGUCGAUGGAGGACAUGGCCCAUGCUGCUCGCAAAUUGGGCCUCAGAGUCGAUGAGGACUGUGAGGAGUGUCAGAAGGCAAAGGGCCGGAUGGAGAGAAUCACUAGGAAGAUCAAGGACCUGGAUGUCUAUAGGAGGGAUGAACUGAGGCUACAAGGAGACCCUGGGAGGAAGGCAGCCCAAGUGGAGAGGGAACUGUGCCAGCUCCAGUGGGCCCCAGAUCCACCAGAGAAGCACCGAGCUGAGCUGAGGCGGCGGUUUCUGGAGCUUAGAAUGCAGCAGCAUGGCCAAGAUCCUGCUUCUGGGGUGCAGGAGUUCAUUGCAGGGAUCAGCAGCUCUUCUCCCAGUGAGAAGCAGUACUUCCUAAGGUGGAUGGAGUGGGGGUUGGCACGAGUGGGCCAGCCCCGACCAAGGCAGCCCCCAGAGACAUUCCUUACCCUGAGACCGAAGCUUGGUGCGACCUCUGACUUAAGUGAGCAGCUCUGGCCUGAGCCCUUGGGGGUGGAACACUUCCUUCGUGAGAUGGGGCAGUUCUUUGAGGCUGAGAGCUGCCUUGUGGAGGCUGGGAGGCUGCCUGCUGGCCAGAGGCGUUUUGCACACUUCCCAGACCUGGCUGUGGAGCUGCUGCUGACAGGGCAGCCCCUAGAGCUGGUUGAUGGGGAUACUCUGAGUAUCCCUGUCCGCUGGGUCACUGGGCUCCUCAAGGAGCUGCAUGUCCACAUGGACAGGAGGUCCCGGCUGGUAGUUCUAUCCUCCCUGGGGGUUCCAGGCACAGGGAAAUCCACACUGCUCAACACCAUGUUUGGUCUGCGCUUUGCCACAGGGAGGAGCUGUAAUUCCCGAGGCGCCUUCAUGCAGCUCAUCACUGUGGCAGAUGGCUUCAGCCAGGAUCUUGGCUGUGACCAUAUCCUGGUGAUAGACUCUGGAGGGCUGAUUGGUGGGGCCUCCGCCUCUGCUGGGGAUAUGUUUGAGCUGGAGGCUUCCUUGGCCACGCUACUUAUGGGGCUAAGCAAUGUCACUGUGGUCAGUUUAGCUGAAACAAAGGACAUUCCACCAGCUAUUCUGCAUGCAUUUCUGAGGUUAGAAAAAACAGGGCACAUGCCUAACUAUCAAUUUGUGUACCAGAACCUUCAUGACAUGUCUGUCCCCAGCCCUAAGCCUAGAGACAGGAGGCAGCUCCUGGACCCACCUAGUGACCUGAGCAGAGCUGCUGCUCAAAUGGAGAAGCAGGGGUGUGGCUUCCGGACACUGGCAGGCACGGCCUUUUGCAACCCCGAGAGACAGCAUGUGUGGCACAUCCCAGCCCUGUGGCAUGGAGCACCGCCCAUGGCUGCUGUGAGCUUAGGGUACAGUGAAGCCAUUUUUGAAUUGAAGAGAUGCCUGCUAGAAAAUAUCAGGAAUGGCCUAUCGAACCAAAACAAAAACAUUCAACAGCUCAUUGAGCUGGUGCGGCGGCCGUGAGUGGUUGUGGGACCCAGGGAAGCAGCCUGAUCUGACAAAGCCAACAGGGCUAUGCCAGGAACCAGAGAGGUGGCUGGUAUUUGCUGCAUGUGAGAAGGAAGAACAGUGAAGCACGGGUUAGGAGUCUUCUUAUAGUAUUAAGAGGUAACCUCAUAGACCAGCUCAGAAACAUCAUCAUGAGUAUCAAAGGCCCUGGAUGAGGUAACACAGACAGGCCCUAUUAGGGCUCAGCAGGUUGGCCUGGACAGUUGCUCUUUCGUUGGCUUCUGGAGUGGGGAAUAGCUUUAGUCACUGCAGGACCUGGCCGACAGGUACAUACCCAGUGUACAUUAGGGUUUUUCCUGAGGAAGGGGAUACUCAACCCAAGGGCCUUUGAUGAGUUAGUAGUAAAGGUUUUGGUAGUGCAGUCUGCCCACAGUGUGUAAGACAUUGCCAUGGCACUGUGUUUUGGGACUGGUCUGUGAAGUCCUCUUUGAUCCUUACCCAGAAAGCAUUCACCAGUCAUCCUGUUGUGUCCCAGCACUUUGUCAUACCUCUGCCUCAAAACUUCAUGGCGCAUUAUCACUUGUGUGUUUGCUGUCUGCCCCAGACUGUGAGCUCCUUGAGGGCAGGGACUGAACAUCAUCUAGCUGUGCCCCCAGGACUUGGCACAUAUAGGCGCUUAAUAAAUAUUUGUUCAAUGAAGGAAGCGUAUGAAUACUUACGUGACAGUAAUGUGCAGGUUCCACAUCUCAGCUUUCAUUAAGGCUGCCUUGGGAGGGAUCAUGUUGAGGCUCUGUCUCAAAA